CGCCAUGUUGCAGCAGCGCCUCAUGCUGCCUCGAGCGCGUUAUAUUUGAGUUGUCAAUAGCAACGGCAAAAACUUCCGCACUUCCACCUCGGUGUUUUGUUUAGCUACAAGCCGGCAUUCUUAUCGAUUUAAAAGUAAUAUUAAUAUGUUUCUAGGUUGAAUUUUCUAUUUUUCGAACACGUCAAGCCAGUUAUACGCGCAGGUUCCCAUAGGAAAACACGCUAAAUAGCCAGCGGUCAAUGUGGGCGAUAAGCAGCCUGGUCCCUGCCCGUUUCCUGACCCUUAUUGCCCACCUGGUUAUAGUCAUCACCAUAUUCUGGUCAAGGGAGAACAAUGUGAAAGCUUGUCUGCCACUGACCUAUACAGUUGAAGAAUAUAAUAUAGAGGACAUAAGGCUGGUGGUGGCUUUAUCCGUGACCCUGGGUCUAUUUGCUAUAGAACUAGCAGGGUUUUUCUCUGGAGCUUCCAUGUUCAACAACAGUCAAGGCCUUUUAUCUACAGCGUGCCAUGCAAGCGGCUCUGUUGCACUGCUUUUCUUUCUCUUUGAGCAGUGGACCUGCAGCAUCUACUGGUGGAUCUUUGGCUUCUGCAGUGUAAUCCCAGCCUUGUAUGAGAUGAUUCUGCUUAUUGCUGUUUUUGCUCUGAAGAAGAAACCACUGUGAAUUCAUCACUGCUAACAUAAUAAGUGCAGUAUUAUCUGUUGUGUAUAUAAAAUUAAGACUAUGAAUUGUUGUUGGUCUUUUGGCUGCUCCCUGUUUGGGGUCACCACAGUGGAUUCCGUAUGUUUCGAUUUGGCACAGGUUUUAUGCCGGAUGCCCUUCCUGACGCAACCCUUCCAUUUAAUUCAUGCUUGGGACCGGCAUUGAGAGUUAACUUUUCAGUGGCUAGGUUAGCGCCCUGCCUGGGAAUCAAACCUGGGCCACGGCAAUGAGGGUGCGGGGUCCUGCCACUGGAUAACCAGGAGGCUAAAAUUUGAAUAUGAAUAAUUUCUUCUUCUUCUUUUAUUAUUAUUAUUAUUAUUAUUAUUAUUAUUAUUAUUAUUAUUAGUUUCAGUGUUCUAGUUGUGAUUGAGUGAAUAUCACACUAAAUGGAAAAUGACUGGUAAAAAAUUUACACCUUAUGUUUUGUGUUGCAUCAAU